AUGUGCGCUUUGGAGCACUCGCAUCUUGAUAGCAAAGGCAAGGGGCCACCAAAACUGAAGCUGUUUGGCGUUCCGGUGGCUGGUUCUGACGAGACACUGCCGCCAGCGGCACCACGUGAUGGAGAAAACAGGAAGUUUGAGUGCCAAUAUUGCCGCCGGGAGUUCCUGAAUUCUCAAGCGCUGGGCGGCCAUCAAAACGCGCACAAGAGGGAACGACAACGGGCCAAGCGAGCCCAGUUAAUCAGCGACCGUUAUCACCAACCGUUGGUGAUAGGGGGGCCCAUCAUAUCCCCAGGUGCGGCGAAAUUCGGACCGUCCAUUCACUCCCACCAGAGAAUCCACGGUGAAUUCACCACUUCGGAGCCGGCUAGGCUCCGCCGUGGGCUGCCCCCACCGAUUCCAAUGCAGUCAGAUGGCGAUCCCAGCCAACCUAAUGUUGUCCGGGCAGAGUAUAACCGAGCCAUGGGUCGUAACAGUAGGUCCAUGGAAUGCCCCCAAGUUGAGACAAACGAAGUCGGGGUCGACCUACGCUUAAGCUUAGCAUCAACCUCCACAGCAUCAUAA